GUAUAAACAUGUAGAAGUUUCCUCUCGAACAUUUCUAAUUAGCUAAUAUUUAAAUUGAUCAUGGCUGAACCGAAUCCACUGCUACCUAAAGUAUCAUGGAGGGAGGAGGAUAGUGCCAUUCUUACGGCUGGUUUCUCUCUAAAGUACAACGCCUUUUCAGAUUUGUUCAAGAUAAUUUCAGUUGACAAACAAAAUGAAAUACAAACGAGAACGAAGGCCCGUAUAAUAAUAAGUAACUUUGAACGAGAAGAAAGAAACUAUUUUCUGCUGUUCAAACCUUCACAGUAUGCAGUGUCCAAAGGAGAUACAGCUUUCACGGCUUUCGAGAGAGAUCUUAAGCAAAUAAAAGAUUUUUCAUUUUUUCCAACUCUUCGAGAAGUUUAUGCAGCUGCUGAAAUCUUACAGAAAACCAUAUGUUUGAUUACAUUGCAAAGCGGCACAACACAGUUUAAAGGGAUAAAUAUUCAUCCUUUUCUUCAUGAGGAUGAAGAAGAUCCGAAAACCAUCGUCAUUGUUUUGAAGUUUUUCGAAGGUGGUGUAUAUUUCCAAGAAGUAAACUGGCCCAAAGAACGCCCAUUAGAGACGUCACCUUUCAAUGUUAUAAAUAAAGAUCAUAAAAAUUGCCUGGACAGAAGAUUCUGCAACAGCUUUGACGUCCUAAAAGAUGACUUUAACUUCAAUUUCCUCUGCAAUGGGACAGACGUCACUGUACAAGUUGAAGACGGUUUGACGUUUUUUGAAGUUCUCGGCGAUGUUUGUUACGCAGAUAAAGCUGCCAAUUUCUUUGUUAGAGAAAUAGUUGGUGCUCAUCAGUCAGAUCCCGGUUAUAAGGAGUUAUAUAUCCGAUUAAUGGAUACAAAUACAGACAUAUAUCUAAAAGAGGAGGAAAUUCAACGCGUUAAUGAUGAAAGAGAUUCAAGGAAAAGGGAAAAGUUAGAAGAACAAAAUCGUGCAAAAGCUCAUAAGAAACAUUUAAAGGAAUGGAAAGUUUUUGGAAAAGGGGACAGUUUUGCCGUUGCUAGUUUAUAUUACAUUGAGUUGUAUGUCUCCGAUGGAAGCAGACAUGAUAUAUUUCAUCCUAUCUGUACAUCGGUUGACACUGUUUUCAAAUCGUCGCUUUUUGUGCAGAGAACAAGAGGUUUGAAUUCGAUAGGGAAAUACAGCGGAGUUUCUUGUAGAAGUGAAAAACCCGAAGUGAUGGGGAACUUCCCUUUGAUUUUAGGAAAGAAGGAGGAAUAUAUCUUUAAUCAGCUUAAGAAUUCACCAUAUAUUUGCUGUCCACCAGAAGGUCGACAAUUCAAUAAUGCGCACAAACACUUAAAAGAUAUCAAAGAAUCUAAAACAAAAUUGGACGAAAUACAACCAUUUCCGACAAUUAAGACAGUACUUCAAGCAGCAAUAAGCACCUGCCUUGAAAUGGAAGGAAGGCGGAUUGACCACAUAGAAAACGGAACACUAGAACAAUGUCUCAGCAAGGAAAUCUAUGGCUCGCAAAGUCAAGAAUGUAUUGAAAAGUUUCGGUAUGAUGUAGUUGGUUUGAAAUGCAAAUUUUCAAUCAUAUCAAUUAAAUCCUAUAAGGACAAAUGAUACAAA